AUGUCACUUCUUUUAAAGAAAACAGUGGUGUCAGUGGAUCUUCGCUGUUCAAAGUGUAGGUUGAAGGUGAUGAAGUUAAUAUCAAGAAUAGAAGGGAUAAACUCCAUUGUCCUUGAUGCUGCCAAAAGUACAGUGACAGUGAUUGGCGAGGCUGAUCCAGUAUGUAUCAUCAAACAGGUUAGGAAAUUCAGAAAGUCUGCACAGAUAACAAGUAUAGGUGCUCCCGAGCCAGAAAAGAAGAAAGAUGAGAAGAAGGAUGAGAAGAAUGAGAAGAAGGACGACAAGAAAGAAGUGAAAAAAGAUGUUACUUGUUCUCUUCCCAGUACAUGCCAGAGAUGCCAUGUCUGGUACGUGAUGAGUGAUGAUUACUAUAGUCGCUGUAACAUCUUAUGA